AAGGCUCAACCUCCAGAAUUGAAAAAAUUUAUGGACAAGAAGUUAGCGGUGAAAUUAAAUGGUGGUAAACAAGUCCAAGGAAUACUAUGGGGAUUUCACCUGUUUAUGAAUCUUGUGAUAGAUGAAUGUGUAGAGGAGGCAACUAGUGGGCAACAGAAAAAUACUAGAAUGGUGGUGAUAUGUGGAAAUAGCACCAUCAUGUUAGAAGCUUUGGAACUAGUAUAA